AAAUACUGGUUCAAUUUUAAUUAACUUAUCGUCGUUCAGACCCAGUAGAAGUAAAUAUGAGCUUGCUAUCACGGCUUCAUCUUUCAGUCCAAAGACUUGAGCUGUAUUUACAAAAACUAACAGCAACGUACAUAAAUAACCAAACACAUUUUGGUUUAGCUCUAGAUACACCUCCAACAAAUGAAAGACUUGACAAUGCCAACACCCAGCAAAGGUCUAUUUUGGAUCAAAUUUUUUCUCCAAUAGAUUAUGCAGUACCUAAAUUUAGACGAUCUCGAGAACGUAGAAUGACACGACAGUUUGGUAAACAUCAAAUGGAAAGAUAUAUUGAUAUCAAGAAAAGUUUAAUUAUGUGUCUUGAAUGUGGGCAUUGGCAUGAAAAGAAAACAAUUUGUGGUACUUGUUAUGAAAGAGUUAGAGAAGAAACAAAAGAGAUGAAAAAAGAAUUAGGUGAGGCCUUGGAGUAUACACCUGAUCAGAAAGAAGUCACCUUUGUUUAUGAUGGUGAAGAUAAAACACCUACAUGCGAAGGAAAACAUAUUGUGGAAAUGAAAAAACCUAGACCAAAGUGGUUUGCAGAUGCUCUGUUGACAAAAGUGAAACCAUCAAAUAAUUAAAAAUAGAUCAAAUUUU